AUGCGCUUAAAGGAACAAGAGCUGGAACAUGGGUUGCUGCUGCGAUCCCCGAGCACGUCUCUUCUUUUACGGGGGGAGACGUAGAGCUGCAACAAAGCCCUGGGGAUGAAAAGCGGGGACAUCGCUGACGAGCAACUCUCAGCCUCGUCGUCGUUCGACGUCAGCAGCGUCGGUCCUCGGCAUGCGAGACUCGGUCACGAAAUUGACGGUGGAGCCUGGUGUCCGAAUACGCUCGUUUCGACGGGGAUGGAAGAGUGGCUGGAAAUUCGCCUGAAAGCCAUGCAUGUGAUCACGGGCGUCGAGUCCCAGGGUAGAUUCGGAAACGGCCAGGGUCUUGAGUACUCGGAAAAGUACCGACUACAGUACUGGCGGCCGGGCUUCAACCAGUGGCGAGCUUACAAAGCCAGGAACGGAACCGAGAUAUUGGAAGGAAACCGGAACACGUACGUCGCCAAUAAAAACGCGUUGGACCCACCCAUCAUCGCAUCGAAAAUCCGAAUCCUGCCGUUUUCGCACCACGUGCGAACCGUAUGCAUGCGAGUGGAGCUCCACGGUUGCAAUUAUACCGGCGGAGUGGUGAGUUACUCGAUGCCACAAGGUGAGCGGUGGAACCAAAGUGUCGAGUUGCUCGACUGGACAUACGACGGCAAAGACGACAGUGGCUUUCUCAGUGGCGGCCUCGGACAGCUGGUAGACGGACGCACGGGACAAGAAAAGAUUGCCACUCUCAAGGGCCCCAAAUCAGGUGAGCAG